GGACAGGCGUCGUGACCCAAGUUGUCCCACGUUUUAUGGCCUUUGUUCCGGAAAGCCGAGAAGAGUACAAUUGCAGCCUUUGGAGCAUACCUUAAGCAUGGAUCAGACGCUUUUAGUUUACUAUCUCAAACUGGCUACAAAGAAAUAAAAAUCAUUCAGAGCCAAUGCAGAUACCCUGAACGAGAUUUAUGAGCGUCUCUUUCAAGGAAAGGUCAUCCAAGUGGAACUCGAGAGCAAGAUGAACAAUGAUUCUGAACUUGGCUAUGACAGAGAGCAGAUUCUUUGGGCAUAAGCUGGCAAAUAAUGACAGUGUAACACUACCAAGAUGCUUUGAAAAUUGAACCCACAGUACUCAUUUGAGUGGCUGGUCAGUUCAUAUCCCUUCAAGGUGGACGAAACAACACGUUAAAUUGAUGCCGUUAUGGGAUCGCUACAAGAGGAAACACAAAUUGGUGACAUGAGUGAGGACGAUGGAGAAGUGGACCAAGAACCCGAGAAAAGCUCGGAACCAUGGGUUUAUGGAUCAGGUGCGGAUACAUGGCAAGCCAAGGCAAAAUCCGGUUUGGAGAGAACCUCAAAACUGCACAACAGCCGAGAAAUGUCAGAUUUAUGCAUCUUGGCAUGUGACGAAAACUGGUGGUUUGGGGACACAGUCAAGGAUUUCACGGCCCACAAACUGUUACUUGGUGCGGCGAGUCCGGUGCUUUACCAAGUUCUGUACGAGCUGGACGAGGUGACCAAUCCUGAUCGACGGUUGGUUUUGGAACCAAGAUUACAAGUCACUUUAGCUUUGGUCCAAUGCUAUGAUUACGUGCGACUCGACAUAGACGGGAUCCCACCGAUUGCCAUGGAGGCACUGCUCAACUACAUUUACAAAGAUCAAUUCAACUCCUCGGAUUUCGAAAAUGGAUACAGUCGCAAUCUUUUGUGGAGAUUAUGGCACACAAGUAAGGCCUUUGAAAUGGACCACUUGACGACACUGUGUGCCCAAACCAUUCAUCAAACCAUGUGCGACGACACUGUUUUCUGGGACUUGAAUUAUGCUAUGCAGUACAAAGAAUUGGGCACAGAGGAAGUGAUGGAAAAAGUGAUCAAGAUGGUGGAUGAGAUGAAUGAAAAGGUAUUUGAGAAUCCAAACUUUGUUUGGUUGGACAAGGCGGCAAUUCACGAAGUGCUUCAGAGACGAAAGCCUGGGAAUUGUGAUGCCAUGGUUGUCUAUAAUAAUCUCCUCCGAUGGGUACUUUACCAAGUUGAUAGGACCGCUUGUGCCGAAGUGGGAGAUCAGCAAGGCAGUCAGAUCCCGAUUAUUCACCGAUUAGAGUGGAUUACCGAGUGCAAAAAAGGCUUCCAUGAUCAUGUUUCCAAAGCGGAUUUGGAGAAAUAUCUGCAUCGAGGUCUGGCCCAAAUGCAUUGGACCGAGUUGAGUCAAAAGGACUUUCUCGAAUUCGUCGUUCCAUAUCCUGUACUUGAAGAUGAAGAGCUCCUUCGACAAUCGAUCAUUUUAAUGGAAAUCGUGGUCCAGCAUCCGGAACGAUUGAACCGAUCUGCAUUUCAACUCGAAAGCAACAAUCGCAACAACAUUCCUGGUUGCGGGUCCAAAUCACAAAUGUCGAGCCCCUCAAUGGCCAGACGCUUGUCCAGGACCAAUUCACUUCGCAAAUCGAUCAAUGAUGUCAAACUAAGAAAACUUCCCUCAUCCUCAGGAUCUAGAUCUUCGUCUCGACCCACGAGUAUGAUAUCCUAAUAUCGGUCACAAAUAUACUGUACUAUUAAAUUCUAACAUUUUACGAUUGUUAAAUACAUACACGUGUAUUGCCACA